AUUUGGGAAGGUGUCAAAUGUGAUGCUUAUGAUCUUGGCCCAGAUACACUUACGUAUACAAUGAAAACAACUCCGGGUACUUGGUAUAAGUUUAUGCGAUUUGUUAUAUUUGCAGUAUUCUCACAUGAUGAAAUGGAGCAACUUUAUAAAAAAUCUCUUGAUUUUGUGGGAACAUCGAUGCAUCCUUUCAGAUUUUUAUAUCGUUGCAAACCAAAGCCAUAUUAUGACGAUAUCCAGUAUCGAUGUGGAGGUAUUAUGGAAAAAUAUAUAAAAGAUAACAAUGGGCAGGCUGCCUCAUUGAUAAAUGGUGCUAUCAGCGGUUUAUUUUUUUCCGCACGUCUUCUUCCUGAUGGAAGUCUUCCUUCGCAUUCUCCAUUUGGCAAUAUUAGAAUGCUUGUACCAGCUCUGGCUUUAUUGGAUCCAGCUAGAGUAAAUAUGUAUUUUUGCGAUUUUUACUGUAACUAUGUUACUCAUUAUGUAACAGUUGUGAUAUGUGAAAAACAUUCAGAGACGGAUAUUUUUUGUGUGCAACGGUUAAUUAAAUUGUCACCCGAAUCGAAUCCAUUUCUUUGUGUUUCAUUUAAAUCUUCAUUGUAUGAACCGGAUUUUUGGGUGAACAAAAAUGUAUGGGUGGAAAUUUAUUAUACAGAAAACGUACCCUUGUCAUGGGGUCGAUUCGAUGCAAUUAUUGCUACUGGAGCUGGAACAUCAAGAAUUGGUGGUUUACCGCAUAAUAAGGUACUAUUUGGUCAUUCUGGUAAAGCCAGUGCAUCAAACAAAUUCAAUUCCACAUUUGAACUUCUAAUUAAUCUUGCAAAGGAUGGUAAUGAAAACUCAGAAUCACUGGAUCUAAUUGAUACUAUCUGUGCCUUAAUAAAUACUGUUGUUGAACAAAAUGAAUUGAAUUCGGAGACUUUUCUAAGCGAAACACAGGUAGUUUUCCUUUUAUAUGUUUUUAAAUGA